AUGCCCGCUCUCACAGAACCAGAGCCCCAGACUACAUCGUCUCACAUGAUGAAGACGACAAAACGCGGGAGGCCGUUCCUCAAGGAUACCUUGGAUCUUUUCGCCACCCUCAUCGUGUCUCUGCAGCUUGGUCCCCACAAGCAGUUCUUCCGUACUUUCCCCCACUCCUUCACAACCGACGAGGCCGCCCAGAACCUUGCUUCCCUCAAAUUCUCCCAAUCGAAUCGUGGGCCGGAUCCUAGGGACCCUUCACGAGUUGUGACGACUACGACCACGACGACGUUCUCCAUGACUCGCGAGAUGGCCAAGGCAAUGAGCCAACACUUCAUGGAUGCCCGUCUGAUCGAAAACGCUACCGACCCAAGUUCCAAUCUGUUCAAGGAGCGCGGCGUGUAUCAACUCACUCCCAAGGGCCUGCAUGUUCUUGAACGGUUCAUCUCGAGGAACGGCAUCAACUCUGAUCAUCUCCAACCCGUCUUCAGUUCCCAACCUAUUUGCAUCAAACUCCUCCAUCUCGAGCGUCGUUCGUCCGAUGACGAGAUCAUUGUUACUCAGUCUGUCAUCACUGCCCUCUUCCGUCGAUUCGUUGGACGAGGUCCCAAUGUACCACCUCCUGCCGAUAAGCCCCUAGACGUAUUCCAGAGAUACAACGAACGAUCUAAGGGUAUCGCUGUGACCGACGUUACCGAACGUGCUCAGCCUCUCCUCGGCAGGCCCGCCCAGGUCCACAAGCAUUGUUUCGCCGCCGUCAGCGCGUUGGAGUGGCUCUGUGACUUCACCUCAGUCGUUGGUAGGGAGGAGGCGGCGGAAAUGGCUGCUCAGUUUGUGCGCUUCGGUCUCAUCACUUUGGUCAGUGACAAGAGGAAGAACAACGAUUCCGCCAUCAUUUUCACAGUCCGUGGGUCUGCACCAGGUGGCAACUCCCCUGUCAGCCAACAAGGUGAAUUUAGAUGCACCGCCAAGGCCAUCUACAAGAUCACUGAUGAAGGUCGUCGUGUCGCUCAUUGGGAUGGAUCGCGGACUCUCGGAGCCCAAGGUUCCCCUGCCGCUUCGUCGACGAACCUGGCACCGACCGACCGUUCUUCCAUUGACGGUUCUGUGGAAGGAGAGAAGAAGGGCAGCGACGCCAAGAUUCAUCGUCGUAUAUCGCUGGCCGAGAAGUUGAAUGCCAACUAUGACGGUGGCGACAAGAAGAACUCGAAGGAGAGUAAUACUGACCGCCUCAGGUACAUUCUCGAGGAACCCGGCUUGCGCUCUCUUUUCCGCGAGUUCUUGCGAGGGAACUUCUGCGAGGAGAAUCUGUCGUUCUGGCUCGAUGUUCAAGACUUCAAGAAGAAGUUUAACAUCACCUCCAGUGCGAUGGCUGUGGCACCCAUCACCCGUCCCGCAAACAGGAACACUCCUGGUCAAGCUGCCAUGGAAAGGCACCACGAAUCGUUGAUCAAUACUGCGUUCGUUAUCUACAACACAUACCUCGCCCCUUCAAGUCAAUGUGAACUCAACAUUGACCACGGCUUGAGGAACGAGCUCGUCAAGUACCUGGAGGACGUUGUCACGGGCCUAACUGGUAAAGCCUUCCAAGGUCGCGUUGAGCCCGAGCAGGCGAACGCUUUCAAUGCUACGCAGCUGCAGACCAUGAUUCGAUUGUACGAGCGUAUUCAGAUCCACGUCUUCCGUCUAAUGGCCACAGAUUCCGUGCCCAAGUUCAUCAAGACGCCCAAGUUCCUUGCCAUGCGUAACUGGGUUGAAGACUUCGAUCCCACUGAGAACGACAUUCAUCUCUUGUCCGGAGGAUUGACGGCCCCACCUGGUCUGAAUUCUGCUGCAGAGGAAGUUGGCGGUGCUUACAUCACUGUCUCUCAACAAGGCAGCGAACGUGAACACCGGCAGCAAGUAGCAGCUCAGUCUGCCUCUUCCGUGCCAGCCUCAUCAUGA